AUGUAUAAAGUGGAUUUGCCGGUGGACAACUCCGCGGAUGUGGCAGUGGAACGCCGACGGGCCGCAGAAGCUGCGCGCCAGGUUCGCAUUUUCAACACCAGACACCGAGUGAUGGGUUUGGAUCUCAAAGCACUGGAGCAACAGGUGGUGGAGAACAAAGAACGGGAGGAGAUGGCGGGUCAGCGAGAGAGGGCUUUCGACAUGUUGAGAGUGACUCAAGAUGAAGUGUUGAUGAAACAGCAGCAGGAGGAAGAGGAGAGGAGAGCAGAGUUAAACAGAGACCUCAUCCAGUACCGGGCCAUCCGACAGCGGGCAGAAGACACCCGGGAUGCUGAUCUCAAUUUUCACCGGCAGGGGGCGCUCGGGUUGUCCAUUCCCAUCCCAGAGUCUGAGCUGGGACCUGCUAGUAUGCAAGUGUUCCAGGGAGAAGGCAUUGGGGACAAUGACAAGAGGAGAGCUCAGAUGGAGCAGACAGAGAGAGCACUACGAGCACAGAGAGAACAGAGUGAGAAACUGCAGAAGGAGAAGAAACUCAAAGAGCUACUGAAAGGCAAGGAGCUGGUACAGCAGGACCUGAGGGCUGUUCAGUUAGACGCUCUGGAAGAGGAGUGUAAGAGGGCUGGCCGCAUCGCUCUCAACAACUACAACCAUGCUCAGGCUGCAGAGUGUGUAGAGAAAGAGAGGAAGGAGCGCAUGAGGAAGGAGGGCGAGGAGAUGGCGGAGGUGUGGCACAUGGUGACAUCAGACAUCCUAACGGAAUGUCCCAAGGCUGCAGAGAGACAAGUAGACAGAGGCCCAGUGCGCGGGCCCAGGGUGCUGACGGACAGGUGGAGGGGGAUGAGCCCCGUUCAGCUGAGCGCCAUCCACAGGCAGAGAGAGGAACAGCGCCUAGAGGGAAAGAGGCUGAGGGAGAUUGAGAGGCAGAGAGACGCUGCCUGGGACUUCCAGCGCAUGGUGCAGACCCGAGAGGAUGAAGAGGAGGAAAGGAAAGCGAUGGAGUUGAAGAAGGAGAAGAGGAUUGAGAUGGACCGAUACAAUGAACAGCUGGCCAGAGAGCAGCGCGAACAUCAGCAGUUCCUGUCCAAGACGCUGUACACCAACGGACCCACGGCCCAGUACUUUACUCAGUUCAGCAGCAGCUCACGCUGAGAUGACCAACACAAACUCACCGCCCAAUACUGGAUCUCAGAUGUAGACCAUAUGCACAACACAACAAGCAAAUUAAGUUUAUGAUAUAGUCAUACUUUACAUGUUUUUUGGUCUUUUUAUCCCUAAGAUUUAGUCACUAGGUCAAAUGUUGCAGUCUUCUGCAACUUAGCUCAGGAGCUGUAU